GUGAGAAGAGCAUGAAAAAAAGUUACUUGGAAGAAAGUCCUCACCAGUUUUCUCCGAGUCUCGACUCAAUAUUUAAUUUCGCACCUCUCGGCGAGGCUGUAGGAAGCAGUUGUUGAGGAUUUGAGCGGUGUGUUUGUUAUCGAUGGGUCUGCCGACGCUGGAGUUUAGUGAUUCUUUCCUGGACAGUCCGGAGUUCAGAGAACGGCUGCAGUGCCAUGAGAUAGAGCUGGAGCGCACCAACAGGUUUAUAAAGGACCUCAUCAAAGACGGGAACCUGCUCAUAUCUGCUCUGAGGAGUCUUUCUCUGGCUGUUCAGAGGUUCUCCCAGUCUCUCCAAGAGUUUCAGUUUGAGUGUAUUGGAGAUGCUGAAACGGAUGAUGAAAUCAAUAUAGCCCACUCCUUAAAGGAGUUCUCUCAGCUCUUGAGUACCAUGGAGGAAGAGAGAAGACGACUGAUCCAGAAUGCAGAUGACGUGUUGAUCUCACCGCUGGAGAGGUUCCGUAAGGAGCAGAUCGGAGCUGUUAAGGAGGGAAAAAAGCAGUUUGACAAGGAGACGGAAAAGUACUACUCUGUUUUGGAAAAACACCUCAACCUGUCUUCCAAAAAGAAAGAAUCACAGUUACAGGAGGCAGAUUCACAGAUGAAUAAAGACCGGCAGGUGUUUUACGACGCCUCACUGCAGUAUGUCUUUAAGAUCCAGGAGGUUCAGGAGAGAAAGAAGUUUGAGUUUGUGGAGCCAUUAUUAGCCUUUCUGCAGGGGUUGUUUACUUUCUACCAUGAGGGCUAUGAGCUGGCCAAUGAGUUUGAACCCUACAAGCAGCAGCUUCAGUUCAACCUGCAGAAUACGCGGAAUAACUUUGAAAGCACCCGUGCGGAGGUUGAGAAGCUGAUGAAGAGGAUUCGUUCUGCAGAAGCCGACUUCAAAGCUCCUGGUUGCUUUACCAUGGAGGGAUAUCUGUAUAUACAGGAGAAACGUCCUUUGGGUUCGGCAUGGACCAGAUACUACUGCACAUAUGAGAAGAGCUCUAAGAUGUUUACCAUGAGCAGCACAGAGACCAGACCAGCCAGCAGACAGAAUGGCGUGGUGAACGGCACACCCGAGAUGUUCAGGCUGCGCUCGUGCGUCAGGAGGAAGACGGACUCCAUCGACAAACGCUUCUGCUUCGACAUCGAGGUGGUGGAGAGACAUGGCGUCAUCACCCUGCAGGCUCUCUCUGAUUCCAACAGGCGCCUGUGGAUGGAGGCGAUGGAUGGGAAAGAACCUAUCUACACCCUGCCUUCUUUGCUCAGCAAGAAAGAGGAGACAUUUCUCAAUGACGCUGGCUUCCACUUUUUCAAGCAGUGUAUUGAACUGGUGGAAAGGAGAGGCAUUAACACGCUGGGACUGUACAGAACCGGAGGUGUGAACUCUAAAGUGCAGCGGCUGAUGUCUACUGUGUUUGGAGCCACAGCUCCUCCUGACGUGCACCUGGAUCCAGACACCUGGGAUAACAAAACCAUCACCAGUGGCCUAAAGAAUUAUCUCAGGUGUCUGGCAGAACCGCUGAUGACCUACAGACUGCAUAAAGAUUUCAUCAGGGCUGCCAAGUCUGACGAUCAGAAGUAUCGUGUGCAGGCCAUUCAUGCCCUCGUGCACAAACUACCAGACAAAAACAGAGAAAUGUUGGAUCUCCUGACCAACCACCUUCUUACUGUCUCUACUCACAGCGACCAAAACCUGAUGACCGUGUCCAACCUGGGGAUGAUCUUCGGUCCCACGCUGAUGAGGUCCCAGGAAGAGACGGUGGCAGCCAUGAUGAACAUCAAGUUCCAGAACAUUGUGGUGGAGAUUAUCAUUGAAAACCACCAUAAGAUCUUUGGUGAAGCCCCGGACCCGUCAGUCCCGCUGCCCCAGGCUCCGUCCUCCCGAUCUGCUCCUCGACGGAACAAAACCAUCUGUCUGUCAUCUGGAAAGAGGAAACCCCGUCUCUACCCUCCUGCUCUCUGCCUGGCAGACAACGACAGUGACACAUUCAGCAGCAGCCCCAGCACAACUCCGAUGGGCAGUCGUGAGUCUCUCUCCUCCCACUCCUCGGAAAAGAACGGACUGUCUAAAACCUCACCCCCCCUCUCUCCUGCCACCACCUCCUCAUCUCCCACGGCCCCGACAUCUCCACCUGAGUCUUCCUCCUGCUCCCUGUCCCACCACACUUCAAAUGGGAAAGAUCAGAAGAGCCAGGCGGACAGUGCUGUCACCUCUCCGCUCACACGUUCCUCUUCCCGGACCUCCUCCCAGAGCACUCCGACCCAGCAGCCCUCCUCUGUCCGUUCCUCCAUUUCCUCUUUACACUCAGUAACAGAUUCAAGUUUGUCUGUCAAAGCAAACUCAGCUGCUGUCUCCGUGUCGUCCGUAACGGAGCCCAGGACACCCUCCAGAGCCUCCACGUCCUCUGUCUCUGUGUCAGUGGAGCGUGCCUCCUCCCUCAGGGAGAGCAGACCUGUCCAGCGAGCAUCGUCCACCUGCUCCCUGAAGAGCGCUAAUUCUGCGGACCAGAGAGUUGCGUCCUGCAGCUCCAACGCCGUCACGGAGGCCAGAGCCACAGACACUACCUCACCUUCUCAGCAGUGCAGGACUGCUUAUCGGACUGCUUCCUCCUCCUCUUCCUCCUCCUCCUCCUUGUUUCCCUACCAGCUUUCCACAUCCUCCUCUCUCACCUCCCUACACAUCUCAGAGGACUACAAGAGCUGUCAUGGUUCCGUGCACAGUCUGAUGUCGCUGGACCCCCAAGACACAACGCUCAGACACAAAGUUUCACACAUCCGCAGCAGCUCCGAUCUGACGGCUAAACACGCUGCAGCCGUGGCUAGCAAUGGCUACCAAAGGCCUGGAUCAACACUGUCCUCCAGAGCACCACAGCGUGAAAGUUCAGUUUUCUCCUCAGCACUAGAUGUUUGUCCCAGAGGAAGAGACGCAAGGGCCCUCUAUUCCUGUGAGGCAGAGCACAGCCAUGAGCUCAGUUUUCCCCAGGGGGCGCUGUUCUCAAAUGUUCACCCAUCAGUGGAACCAGGUUGGCUUCAGGCAACAUACAAAGGCAAAACCGGUCUCAUACCUGAAAACUAUAUUGCAUAUAUAUAACAAACCAAAGGGCCGCAACACACAGAUCUAAGUUUAUAACACAGAUCUAAGUUCAUGACUUAUAGAUCUAAAUUUAAUGAUCUAGAUUCUAGGGAUCUACAGCACAUAAUGUUGUACUGUUGAUCAAAAAUAUAAUAUAUUUAUCAUGUCAUUGUAACUGUGACUGUUAAUACUGAACAAUAUGUACUGUAUGUCUGACUACUAUGGCUGGAUAUGAGCGAUCAAAGAUAUGUAUAUCUGACUACUAUACCUAAAAUGUGUUAUGUAUGAUUAACCAGCACGUAAUAGAGUAGACAUUGUGCCUAACUGCAACGCCACAGGCUGUAUCACUUUUCCUCUGUUCAGACACGUUUUUCCAGUAGACUGCUGUGGUUUAGAUGGGUAAUUUUAACAUCAAUCUGUAGAGCAGGGUUCAAGGCUUGAGCCCACAUGAAAACAGUAAAAUCAUACA